AUGGGCCGAUAUGGUCACGAAUUCUUGGAGUUUGAGUUCAGAUCUGAUGGUCGCUGUCGUUAUGCAAACAACUCAAAUUAUCGUAAUGACAGUCUGAUACGGAAAGAAAUGUACGUCAGCCCGUUAAUGAUGAGAGAGCUUAAACGUAUAAUUAUGGAGAGCGAAAUAUUAAAGGAAGAUGAUGCUCGCUGGCCGAAGAAGAACGUUGUUGGAAGGCAAGAGCUUGAGAUUCGUUUGGCGAGCGAUCACAUAUCUUUUGAGACUGCAAAGAUUGGAUCACUGGUAGACGUUCAAGAGAGUGGGGAUCCUGAGGGUCUUCGUGUUUUCUAUUAUCUUGUGCAAGAUCUCAAGUGUUUGGUGUUUUCAUUAAUUGGAUUGCAUUUUAAGACGUUAGCAGUAUGGCUUGUACUGAGAACCCAAGCAACUAGCAAAUUCAGUAGCGGAAUGUCCCAGGAUCAGACAAUCAAGCCAUCUUCUACUUUGCGUCCUAUCGAAAGAACAGAAGAUGAUCUGAUUCAUGCAAAGUUUCAUAAAGCUAGUGUUGGAAGCAUUGAUUAUCCGGGAUAUAAGAAUGAAGUUAUGUUGCAAAUUUAUCCUGAAGACAACGGUAGUUGCAUUGUAAUGUUUAGUAAUAAUAAAUACAGUGGGUUCGAGAGGCGUAAGCUGUUUGAAAUAUUAGACAUAAUUACUAGAGAAUUAGGGUCAGUUGAAAUACGCGAAGAUAAGCUACUUUCGUCCAAGAUAUUCCUCUACGUCACCAGCAAGAAGAAAGUCGUCGGAUGCGUUAUAGCCGAACAAAUCAAACAAGCAUACAGAGCCACGCGUAGAACAGCGAGUAGUCAUGCUAAUGAACAGCUUGGAGAUUUUUAUGAUGCAUCUGUUGUAUUCUACAGGACGAAACCAAUACAAGCAAUCUGUGGUAUCAGCCGCAUAUGGGUCUCCCGACAGUAUCGUCGUAGAGGAAUAGCAACAAAGCUAUUGGAUCUUGUCAGAAAGAAUUAUAUUUAUGGAUGUUGUCUUGAUCGAUCGGCGAUUGCAUUCUCGCAACCGACAGGAGAUGGGAAAGCGCUAGCCACUAGUUACACUGGCACUAGCGAAUUCCUUGUAUAUACAGAA